GCGGAAGCCGUCAAUCUCGAAGCGAUUGUGCAUCAACCGCGACGUCUGAACUCUGAAUCCAAGUACAAUGGGGUAUUUGCCGCAGUUUUCUAUUAUAUGCUGCCUUUUGAUCGGCAUCAAAGCAGCCGUGAACGACCGAUACUACCCGCGAUACCAUCUCGCCCCACCUCAAGGGUGGAUGAACGAUCCCAAUGGAUUCAGCGUCUUCAAUGGCGAAUACCAUUUGUUCUACCAAUACAACCCAUUGUCAAGCCUUGAACCCGGCAUUGCCCACUGGGGUCACGCAGUCAGCGAAGAUCUAUUCCACUGGGAACAUUUGCCAAUAGCAAUGUAUCCAAACAACACAUAUGACAGCUCUGGCGUUUUCUCCGGCAGCGCACUUAUCGAAGACGAUAUAAUGUACCUCUUCUACACUGGAAACGUGAAUCAUCCCAACGAGCAACCAAAUCACGAGCAGCGACAAGCCCUAGCUGAAAGCACCGAUGGUAUCCACGUUACCAAGUAUGAAAAUAACCCAAUAAUUAUGGCAGAUGAUCGCCAGCCAAACAUCCGUGAUCCCAAAGUAUGGAAGCAUGGCUCUAAAUACUACAUGGUUUUGGGAAAUUCUUUUGAAAAUGAUACUCUUGGUCGUGCCCUUCUGUACUCCUCAGAUGACAAAAUAAAUUGGGAAGAAAUUUCUGUCCUUCAUGAAUCAGACGGUUCACUUGGAUUUAUGUAUGAGUGUCCCGAUUUCUUUAAAUUGAAUGGUAAAUAUGUUUUGCUGUUUUCUCCUCAAGGUAUCGAGCCGCAAGGCGACAAGUACAGAAAUCUUUAUCAGACGGGCUAUAUUGUCGGUAAUUUCAAUUAUGAGACAAAUGAAUUCCAUCCUAUAACCUCAUUCCAAGAACUUGAUCAUGGCCAUGACUUUUAUGCUACCCAAACUAUCAAAGAUAACAGGGGCCGUCGGUUACUCGUGGCUUGGUUUGACAUGUGGGAGCGAGAUUACCCACAGGCACAAGAUGGAUUUACCGGUCAAAUGACGAUCGUACGUGAAUUGCAUUUGACAAGAGAUAAUAAGCUUAUUCAGGAGCCGGUUUCGGAGGUUAAAGCGGUGAGAGCGAAUCGUGUACGCCGCGGUAAAGGACGUGUUGGUGAUGUAGUCACAUUUGAAGAUAAAGCUGGCGAGAUAGACAUUUUGGGGGAUAGUUCAGAGGAUUUAGAAGUGGUCAUUGAAGGCGAAGGGUCUACUGUCACGAUUUCUUAUGAUGCUAGUAAUGGCACAGUUACAUUGGACCGUGGUGGUGAUGAUGGAGUCCGCCGCACCGAGUGGAAGCCUAGCGGAAGUAUAUUGAAGUGGACGAUCUACGUUGAUGCCAGUUCUAUCGAAUUGUUCUGCGGCAAGGGAGAGGUGACGUUCUCUAGCAGGUUUUUCCCUGAUGGUGAAGUGUCGGCACGUAUUUCUUCGGGCUGCCCCGACAAGUUUGCUGUAUAUAAUUUAAAACGCACCGUGCAAUCACCUGAAGAUGAAACUGAACGGUAAAAUGUU